GGGUCGAAGCGCGGCUCCAACGCGAGCAAGUUGGCAGCAGCUGCCGGGGCAGUGACAAGGGAGCGGCCGAGCCGCUCCAGCCAGGGGCGAAGCUCUGUGAGCGAGGCGGGCGGGCGGCUCGGGGCCAUGGCCAGGGCGGGCAUGGAGCGGUGGCGCGACCGGCUGGCACUGGUGACGGGAGCCUCGGGGGGCAUCGGGGCAGCCGUGGCCCGGGCCUUGGUCCAGCAGGGGCUGAAGGUGGUGGGUUGUGCCCGCACCGUGGGCAGCAUCGAGGAGCUGGCUGCUGAAUGUAAGAGUGCAGGCUACCCCGGGACUUUGAUCCCCUACAGAUGUGACCUAUCGAAUGAGGAGGACAUCCUCUCCAUGUUCUCUGCUGUCCGCUCUCAGCACAGUGGUGUGGACAUAUGUAUCAACAAUGCUGGAUUGGCCCGGCCUGACACCCUGCUGUCAGGCAGCACCAGUGGCUGGAAGGACAUGUUCAACGUAAAUGUGCUGGCGCUCAGCAUCUGCACCCGGGAAGCCUACCAGUCCAUGAAGGAGCGCAAUGUGGAUGACGGGCACAUCAUUAACAUCAACAGCAUGUGUGGCCACCGAAUCCUACAGGACAGUGUGAUGCAUUUCUAUACCGCAACCAAGUAUGCCGUCACCGCACUGACGGAGGGACUGAGGCACGAGCUGCGGGAGGCCCAGUCCCACAUUCGAGCCACGUGCAUCUCUCCAGGCUUGGUGGAGACACAGUUCGCCUUCAAACUCCAUGACAAGGACCCUGAGAGAGCAGCUGCCACCUAUGAACGCAUCAAGUGUCUCAAACCUGAGGAUGUGGCUGAGGCAGUCAUCUACGUCCUCAGCUGUCCCCCACAUGUCCAGAUUGGAGAUAUCCAGAUGAGGCCCACGGAGCAGGUGACCUAGUGUCCAGUGGGGAGCUCCUUCUCCCUCUCCCUCGUGGCUUGGCUCCUGCCUGUGGAUUUUAGGUGUUGAUUUCCAGACCCCUGGACCACACUUUCUCCCACCGAGGGCUAGAAAAUUUGUAUGAGGUUUUAAAAUCAGCUUGUCAAAUUAUUUCCAAUGCAAAUGUGAAAAUGGGCCAGGGAAAGGAGGUGGGAUCGCUGAUUAUUUUACCUGUUCAUCCUGGGUCUCUUUCUUGGGCUCCUUGGCCUUUGCUCCCCUCAGUCUUUUGCUUCCCUUUCACUUGGGAAUGGGGCUGUGGUCAAAAGGGAGGGGUGUUUCCUUCUCUCUUCUUGGCUCCCAGCCCUUCCCUUCAGGGUUGAGGGGCGGAGAGAGGCCCUCACCUUAUACUGGAGUGGUUAUCCAGGGUUGCAGGCUUCCUUCUCUCCCCUCUCCCCCAAACUCUCCACCUUAAUCUUGGCUUCCUGCCCCAGUGGGGUCAUCACUCCCCUCUAUGACAGCAGAAUACCAAGGCCUGGCUUUACAGUGAUGAUUAAAACAAAAAUCGCAACCAA